AUGAGGGGAGAGAAAGGCGGAGCCAGUGUGUGGGCCAUUACUCCCGAGGAGAGGGGGAAACAUGACAAACAGUUUGACUCCCUCGCCCCGGUCCUUGGCUAUGUCUCAGGAGAACAAGCUAGGAAAUUCUUCCUCCAGUCUGGCCUGCCUGCUCCUGUCCUGGCUGAAAUCUGGAACCUAGCCGACAUGGAGAGCGAUGGGAAGAUGGACAGACAGGAGUUCUCCAUCGCUAUGAAGCUGAUCAAACUCAAACUCCAGGGGCGAAACUUACCAUCUGUCCUGCCGAUCACAAUGAAGCAAACGCCCGUCUGCAAUGCUGCUCCAACUAUCCGCUCAUCAGCAGGUUUUGGAAUGGGUUCUAUGCCAAACCUGUCAAUUGGUCUGUCCUCCAUGUCAGCCAUGCCCCGCCUAACACCCAUCCCGGCUAACCCCUCCAUGCACUCCCUGCACUCCCUGCUGCCAACGCCAAUGACUCUGCCCCUCAUCAACUGCCUCGGAAACUGUGGACUCCACAACGGCAAUAUCAACCUCCUCAGCCCACCGCUAGUUCCCAACAAUGCAGCGCUCCCUCUCUCUGGCUUCUCCUCUCCCAUGGCGUUCUCUCCAUCCACCGGCAUGUCAAAGGCCAACUCUCUUCUUGAUCUCGGAUCCAGCAGUUCAAAUUCUUCCUCCACCACUUCGUUGGCCAGUAACUCUCCGAAGACGAGUGCAAGUGACUGGGGCGUUCCGCAGGGCGCGAGACUCAAGUACCGCCAGCAGUUCAACACGCUGGACAAGCUCAUGAGUGGAUACUUAUCUGGCCCUCAGGUUAGAAACGCGCUGAUUGCAUCCAACCUCACCCAGACUCAACUCGCCACCAUCUGGACUCUGGCAGAUGUGGAUAAAGACGGACAGCUCCAAGCUGAUGAGUUCAUUCUGGCCAUGCACCUGGUGGAAAUGGCUAAAACUGGCCGACCUUUACCCCUCACCCUGCCUCAAGACUUGGUACCUCCCUCUGUCAGAGGAGGAUUCCAGCCCAUUGAGCUUGUUAAUGGAACGGGGCCUCACAUAACUCCCUGUUUAAUCGACACGCUGGAGAUACUACCUUCACAAAAGAACAUCAACAAUGUGUCCUACGAGGACAGGCUGAAGGAGAACUUUGCAAGAGGCAGCGCCGAGCUGGAGAAACGUCGCCUGGCUCUGGAAGAGGAGCAGAGGAAGGAGCGAGAGAGGAGGGAUAAGGAGGAGAGGGAGGCGCAUGAGAGGAGGGAGAAGGAGGCGAGGGAGCAGGAGAGCCGCAGGAGGCUGGAGGAGGAGAGGCGGAGAGAGAUGGAGAGGCAGAGAGAGGAGGAGAGGCUGAGAGAGCUGGAGAGGAUGGAGGCGGCGAAGCAGGAGAUGGAGCGCCAACGCAGGGAGGAGUGGGAGCGUGGGAAGAGAGAGGAACUGGGCAUGAGGAAAGAGGGAGAGCAGGAGGAGAUCUCCAGACUGAGGGCCAAAAAGAAGGGUCUGGAGUUGGAGCUGGAGGCUGUGGGCAACAAGCACAAGCAGAUCUCAGACUGUCUCCGUGACGCCAAGAGCAAGAGGCGGAUCCUGAAGGCAGAGGUUGACCUCGUCAAUCAGAAGAGAGACGCGCGCAUCAUAGAGAUCAACACGCUGCAGCUUCAGUUCGAGGACUGGCAGAAGAAGCUCUCCAUCCUGAUCCCAGAACAGCAGAGGCUGACAGAGAAGCUGCGGAGCCUCAACCUCAACAAAAUCUCCUCCGUGACUCUGACCUCUGUGAGCGGGAGUGUGAACGAGAAAGGAGUGAAAUGCCGGAGGCUGAAGGACCAGCUUGACACUCUGGAGAGGGAGACAACCGACAAACUGGCCGAGAUGGAGCAGUACAACAAGGAGCUUAAGCUGGGGGAUAUGGAUGACUGUGUCCUGCGAGGCCUUCUGUCUCUGCUGGCCUGCCUCAGCCAGCUCUUCCUUCUCAUCAAGGAGCUGAGGGAGAAGCAGGUGAGGCAGCAGGCUGUCCUCGACGACCUGCACAGAGUCAAAGAGGAGAAAGUGAGGGAGCUUCAGAGGCGCAAGGAGGAGGAGACGGAGAGGAAGAGGAGGGAGGAAGAAGAGGCAGCCAGAAAAGCAAAGCUAGAUCAAGAGAGGAGAGAGCAGGAGCAGAUCAAGAAGGAGGAAGAGGAGGCGCGUCAAAGGAGGCUCCUGGAGGAGCAGAGGGCCCGGCAGAGGGAGGAGGAGGAGAGGGAGGCACAAGCUCGCCUCAGAGCAGCUCAGGAGAAAGCUCAGGAAGAGGAGAGAAGAAGGAGAGAAAGGAAACGGCAAGAGGAGGUGAAGGAGAGGAUAAGGAGGAAAGAGGAGCAGGAAAGAGGAGAACAGCAGCCGGUGUUGGUGGCUCAGCCAUCCUCAAAGCUGACCCCGUAUAGAGCUCUGUACUCGUUUGUGGCCCGAAACGCAGAUGAGCUGAGUAUAGACGCAGACGGCACUAUAGAGGUGGAUGAGCAGACUGUCGGUGAGCCUGGCUGGUUGUGUGGGAGAUUCAAUGGAAAAAGGGGCUGGUUUCCCCAGAGUUACGCAGAGAAGUGCCACACUCCCUCUACCUCCACCACUGAGCCUCCAGCUUCUUUACCUGGAAAAAUGUCCUGUCCACCGCCAAUACCACAUAACACAGGAGACCUAGAUGGGAAGGUAGCAGAUGACAGCACUGUUUCUGCCCAAGCAGACACUUCACAGUCCUUCUUCCCUCUGUUGGCUCGAGCUGUUUCCUCCUGGUCUGCCACAUCGGAAACUCACCUCAACCUCUCCUCCGGGGCGGGUGACGUCAUAACCCCAAUGCUGAGCUUCUCCCAGGGUGACAUCAUCAGCGUGCAGCAGCAGAGGGAAGACUGGUGGUUGGGGCAGCUCAAUGGGACACAGGGAUGGUUCCCCAAGAGCUACGUCACUUUGGAGAUGGGUGGCAAUACAGAUGUGGAUCCAUUUGACACAUGUGAUUCGGUUCAACUAGAGGAGUUUGUGGCCUUGUACACGUAUGAGAGCCCAGAGGCUGGGGACCUGACGUUUGUUGAGGGAGAUGUUGUCAUGGUGACAGAGAGAGAGGGAGAGUGGUGGCGUGGAUGCAUCGGGGAUCAUACGGGAGUGUUUCCCUCCAACUAUGUCCGACCUGUAGAACCAGAGGGAACAAAGGCUGGAGCUUCGAUCAAAAAGCCUGCUGUAUCUGUUUGGCCAACAGAGAUCGCCCAGGCAGUCUCCACCACCGUCGCCCCGACGACGCAUCAGCUGCGUCUGUCUCCAGGGCAACUGAUCGUGGUGCUGGCCAAGAACUCCACUGGCUGGUGGCUCGGGGAACUGCAGGCUCGAGGGAAGAAGCGGCAGAGAGGCUGGUUCCAUUCCUCUCACGUCAAGCUCCUCGGGCCCUCCAGCAGCAAGUCCUCUCCCUCCCCUCUGCCAGUGUGCCAAGUUAUUGCAAUGUACGACUACACUGCUGCCAAUAGGGAUGAGCUGAGCUUCUCCAAGGGUCAGCUGAUCAGCGUCCUGGACAAGACCAACCCUGACUGGUGGAAAGGAGACGUCAAUGGGGUCACAGGCCUGCUGCCCACCAAUUAUGUCCAGAUGACAACAGAAUCAGACCCCAGCCAGCAAUGUACAGUAGAUCCCCCAUCCAUGUCAGAGCAUGGAGAGACUGACGGGUGUGCUGACCUGAUGUCGUUGGACACCAUGACCCCUCAGGAGAGGAAGAGGCAGGGUUACAUCCAUGAGCUCAUCCAGACUGAAGAGACCUACGUUGAAGACCUGGAGCUGGUUCUUGAAGUCUUCUACAAACCCAUGUCUGAGUCAGGCCGACUCACUGAAGUUGAGAUGGGAAUAAUCUUUGUUAACUGGAGGGAGCUCAUUAUGUCUAACACCAAGCUUCUCAAGGCGCUGCGUGUCCGUAAAAAGACAGAAGGAGACAACAUGCCGGUCCAGCUGAUCGGGGACCUGUUGGCCUCGGAGCUCGCACACAUGCAGGCCUACAUCAGCUUCUGCUCCUGCCAGCUCAACGCAGCCGCCCUGCUGCAGAGCAAAACCCAAGACCAGCAGGACUUUAAAGACUUCCUCAAGAAGAUAGCCACUAACUACCGCUGCAAAGGAAUGCCACUGUCCAGCUUCCUCCUCAAGCCCAUGCAGAGGAUCACACGCUACCCCCUGCUCAUAAAGAACAUCUUGGAGCACACCCCUGAUAAUCAUGCGGACCGCGGCCCGCUGAGAGAAGCUCUGGAGGGGGCGGAGGAGCUGUGCACUCAGGUCAACGAGGGGGUGCGGGAGAAGGAGAACUCUGACAGGCUGGAGUGGAUUCAGAGACGUGUGCAGAGUGAGGGGACUAUAGAGCACUUGGUCUUCAACUCGCUGACGAACUGCCUCGGGCCUCGCAAGCUGCUGCACAGUGGCCGACUUUACAAAACCAAAAGCAGCAGGGAGUUGUGGGCUUUCCUCUUCAAUGAUUUCUUCCUCCUCACGCAUAGCGCCAAACCCUUCUCUUCCUCGGGGCCAGACAGGCUAUUCAGUCUCAAGACCAACAUACAGCUGAAGAUGUACAAAACACCUCUGUUUCUAAAUGAGGUUUUGGUGAAAAUGCCAGCGGACCCCUCGAGCGAUGAGCCACUCUUCCACGUCUCACACAUCGAUCGUGUCUAUACGCUCAAAACUGAGACCCUGAACGAGAGAACAACGUGGGUCCAGAAAAUCAAAGCAGCUUCUGAACAUUUCAUAGAGACGGAGAAGAAGAAGAGAGAGAAAGCUUACCAAGCUCGUUCCCUGAAAAGCAGCGGUAUCGGCCGCCUGCUGGUAACUGUCGCUGAAGCCCAGGAGCUCAAAGCCUGUAAACCCAAUGGUAAGAGCAACCCGUACUGUGAGCUGACGAUGGGGGCUCAGUGCUACACCUCCCGGCCCGCCAGCGACACCCUGAACCCAAAGUGGAACUUCAACUGCCAGUUCUUCAUCAAAGACCUCUACCAGGACAUCCUGUGUAUCACCGUGUUCGAGAAGGACCAGUUCUCACCUGAUGAUUUCCUUGGUCGUACUGAGGUUCCCGUGGCGACUAUAAAGAAAGAGAUGGAGAGCAAAGGUGCCGCAAACCGACGCCUUCUACUGCAUGAAGUCCCAACUGGAGAAGUCUGGGUCAAACUGGACCUGCAGCUUUACGAGCCGACCAAAUGAGGACAAAACACACACACUGCAGCCACUCACUUUAAAAAGUGCCUAUUUGUAGCAGCACCAGGGUUGCCUUGAAAAACUCUUGAUUUUACGUCACUGCCUUAAGCCACCCACACCCUUUAUCUGAAAGGGAAGUAGACCUGGCCAAAUAUGGAAAAUGACAAACUAAUGAUGGGGUAAUAUAUUUUGGAUAAACUGUUUAGGUGACCAGCUUAAAUGUGAAUGCAAUUGGCCACAGUUACAUUUGCUAAAUGGUUUUAUAACACAUUAGUAAUACAUUUGUAAAUGUUGCACACUACUGUACAAUGUCUGUAUGUCAAAAGUUGAUCUUAAGCAUGCCAUUUGAUCCUGAAAAUGGCAUUAUUAAAAUGUACAGAUGCCA